AAGAGUAAAAAAUAUAUUUAAAUUUUGACAAAACUUGUUGUAACACGCCUCAAUUUUGUGGGAAUUCUAUGACCUUCAUCAACUAUUCAUUACCAUAUUUUUGUGACAUAUAUUUGUUCAGCUGGACCACUUCAGAUCCUUACACAUUCAGAAUGCGUGUAUUCAUGCAGUGGUCCAGCUAGAUAAAUAUAUGCCACAAAAAUAUAGUAAUAAAUAAUCGAUGGGGGUCAUAGGAUCCUGCCAAGUUGAGCCGUGUUACAGCAAAUUUUGUCGAAGCUUAUGUAUAUUUCGAAUCUCUUUUUUCAAAGGUAAAAGCUACAUUUUUUCUUGGAACCAAACAGCCCCUAAGAUUCAUGGUUAUAUUCCCAAGAAAGUCCCAUACUUAGCACAAUUUCUUGAGAGUGAUAAAACAACCUUAUAUUAUACGAUACCAUUUACCUUUGCUUUACUUUCAAGCUUAGUAUUACUUCUAUCUUUCAGCUAAAAUGGUUGCUAGGGUUCUGCUCUUUGUGGCGGCGGCGAUGGUUGUUUUCACGGCGGCGACGGUGGCCGGAGUUCAGGUACAUCAUGUUGUUGGAGAUGAUAGAGGGUGGGACCCAUCUACUGAUGUUGCUUCUUGGUCUUCUAACAGAGUUUUCCGAGUUGGUGAUAAAAUUUGGUUCACCUACUCCUCGGCUCAAGAGAGUUUGGUGGAGCUGAGAAGCGAGGAAGAUUUUACAUCGUGUGAUGUAACGAACCCGAUCAAGAUGUACACGGAUGGUUUGAAUACGAUCUCUCUCGAAGGAGAAGGAAUCAGGUACUUCGCGAGCGGGAACACGGAGAGCUGCAAAAAUGGGCUGAAAAUGCCUGUGAAAAUCCAGCCCAAAGAGCAAAAAGUGGCCCAAAAUGUUGUAUCAAUGGAUGUAGCUGAUGGAAAUGUUGUAUCAAUGGAUGUAGCUGAUGGGCCAACAUUACCUUCUACUUCAACUAAUUUAAAUGGGCUUUCUUACCUUUUGGCUAUUGGAUUAUCAAUCUGCCUAUUGGGCCUUUAGAUGUGAGAAGUUAAAAGUAAUUAUGGGUUAUGGACUGUAUUAAGUAGGAUAAUGUAUCACUUUAUUUGAAUUAAAUUUUGAACUGUGAUAUUAGUAUGUUGGAUUUGAUUUGGAAUAAUUUGUUGUCUAUUCAAGUAGUUUUCUCGUUUUGA